AUGAAAGACGCCUGGAUGGUUUGCAAGGCCGAGGAUAUCCGCGGUUACGCCGACCGCAACGAAUCAGAGGGCUUCUUUGCUGCGAUCAGGGCAAUUUACCGUCCCCCAACCAAAGGAACUGCGCCGCUUCUCAGCUCCGACGGAUCAACACUUCUGACGGAGAAGUCGCAGAUUCUGUGGCGCUGGACCGAGCAUUUCAGAAUCGUCUUUAACCGUCCCUUCACAUUCUCCACUGCCCAAGUGAAAAUCAACACCGACCUGGAGUUUAUCCUCUCUCCCCAGAAACCAUCCCUGACGUCGUCUGGACGACACUUUUAUAUAGAGCGGAGACCCGGACCGUCUAUUCCAACCGUGCCACAAAACUCAACAACUUCCAUCUCAGCUGACUUCGCAGAAUGCUAA